AUGUACGCUUCGUUGAGCACUACAGCCAGUGAGCUGUGCUAUUUGGUUAUUCGCCAAGCAACCGCCCAGAAACUGGGUGGCAGAUGCCAAUGUAUAUUAUCACGGGGGAAAACUGAUUCGGCAAACUCUCGCCACGUACCGAGUGCAACGAGUACGAAAAAGUCGCCACCAUCAUUGGAGGACUUCAUCAUAAAAAGGGACUAUACGGGAGCAAAAGCCUUUCUGGAAUUUGCACGCGACUCUGAGGAAGAGGACAAACAUGUGACCAUAGACCAAUGGAUUGCUUUUUGCCAUUUCCAUUUGGGCGACUACCAGAAAGCUCUACAAGUGUACAAGCACAUCAACGAUGUUGAGUCCCCGACGGAAGAUAUUAAUUUGAAUGUGGCCGUGUGCAUGUUCUAUCUGGGCAUGUACGACGAAGCCCAAAAGUUGAUAGAACAGAUUCCUAACACCCCACUCAAGCUGCGUUUAAUGUUACAUUUGGCCCAUAAGUUUCACAAUGAUGAUCAGGUGAUGCAAAUGCACGAAUCGCUUAGUGACCAAAUGGACGAUCAACUUAGCGUGGCGUCACUACACUACCUGAGGGCCCACUACCAAGAGGCAAUAGAUAUUUACAAGAGACUACUGCUGGACAACAAAGAAUAUGCCGCUGUCAAUGUGUACCUGGCCCUCUGCUUCUAUAAACUCGACUACUAUGAUAUGUCGCAAGAAGUCCUGGAUGUGUAUCUGAGCAAAUAUCCCGAUAGCACCAUUGCUAUUAAUUUAAAAGCAUGCAAUCGGUUUCGUCUAUUCAACGGACGCGUAGCGGAGCAGGAGAUAAAAAAUAUCGCUGACAAUGGAACGUUUGGUGCAGAUCUUAUACGACACAAUCUGGUCGUUUUUCGCAACGGAGAAGGGGCCCUGCAAGUAUUCCCCGCCCUUCUAAACAUUGUACCAGAGGCGCGUUUGAAUUUGGCAAUAUUCUAUCUGAAAAGCGGCGAUGUCCAGGAAGCACACUCCCUUAUGAAGGAGGUUCAGCCCACGGUUCCACACGAGUACAUCCUAAAGGGUGUGGUGCACGCAGCAUUGGGACAGCAACUGGGCUCGAAGGAACACAUAAAGACAGCACAACAAAAUCUACAUUUGGUUGGCAGCUCUGCCACCGAGUGUGACACCAUUCCCGGAAGGCAAAGUAUGGCCUCGGCAUUCUUUCUGUAUGGCCAAUUUGAGGAGGUGUUGGUUUAUAUGAAUUCGAUCAGAAGCUAUUUCGUAAACGAUGACACAUUCAACUACAACUACGCCCAGGCGAAAUGCGCCACCGGUUACUAUAAGGAGGCUGAAGAGCUAUUGUUACAGAUAACGGAUAUGGACAUUAAAAAUCAGCACAGUUAUUGCAUGAUAUUGGCGAAGUGCCACAUACACGCCGGAAGACCGGAAUUGGCAUGGAACAUCUUCAUAACAAGAGAUACGAGUUCCGAGGCGUUUCUGUUGCUGCAACUAAUCGCAAAUGAAUGCUACAAAUGCGAAGAGUUCUGGGUAUCGGCAAAGGCCUUUGAUAUGCUUGAGAAGCUUGAUCCCAGUCCCGAGAACUGGGAGGGCAAACGUGGAGCCUGUGCCGGUGUCCUAUACGUUCUGGCGACCAAAUCUGAAAAGGGGAGACCACUCAAUGGCAUCACUGAUGUCAUAGGCCUCCUCAGAGACUCACCCAAUAGCCAAGCUGAGGCCAUGAUCAAAACAAUACGCAAGCACAUGUCAGCAUUUAAAUAGGACAGCCCC